AUGGAAGGGCCGUCGGAUGUUGUCACAUUAUCAACGGCUCCAAGUAUUGUAGGGUCCGCGCAACCCAGUUCCGAUCUUCCGAUGGCCCCUAAUUCUACUGUGCUUGCGGAUAAUCUCAGUCACCAUGAAGGCGACGUCUUCCCCGCCGAUAUAUUCGCUGACGGCACGCUUCUUGGACUGAGUCACGAAAACCUUGUCUUUCUCGAUCAAGUCUUCAUGGAAGGAGGAAUCGGAUCAACAGAAUGGCUGGGUCAGGAAAUGGUUGCAAGUCAAGACGCCCAGGCCCAUAACCCCACCGAUGCACAGCCGAAUGACAACGAUAUGCAAGCUCCAGAUGCAGCAGAUAUUAACCAACAAUAUCCUUGGUUGAAUAGUUUUGAUAAUUCAGCGACUUUUAUCAAUCUCGCCUUGCAUUGCUACUUUCAAUUUGCAGCGCCAUGGCUGCCGGUCAUCCUUGAAGACGCUUUCUGGCACGAUUACCGCAGGAAUCUCUGCAGUCGUGCUUUGGUAUCUGCCAUAGCUUGUCGGGGUAUGCCUUUCACAACCCUUUCGAACAAAUGGGACCUUCAACAGCGGUUUGCAUGCGAAUUUCGGGAAGCGUUCCUUGAAACGCAAAGCGCCACGUCCAACGAGAACACAGUCAGAGUUGAUGAUCUGGAGGCACUGGCUCUCAUGGCAAAUUUCGAGUAUACAGACACGGGCAACCCACCGCUUCUGUCGAACCUCGGGAGACUUUUCUUGAAGCACGAAUCGCUUGUCAUGAUGCUGCUUCAUUAUCGUGUCACCGAUCGCAGCUGUGCAGAAGCACACUCAACAGUGACAGUAUCGCGCGGACCAGAGCGACGCAUGCUACUGUACUGGCAUGUCUAUGGUCUCGACGCCUUUCAGUGCUUGGAUCGGAAGCAAAUAUCUCUGAUCUCCAACAAGGAUGCAGGCGAUACGAGCAGGUUCCCUCGGCUUGAGGCCAGUGACUUUGCCGACGCGGUUCUUGAACUUGCAGUCGUCUCUCGAAGUCUUAUGCGGCGGCUGGGUAACAACUCAGCCAAACGUCGUGGGAUUGAAGCUCAAGAUGUACACGAUGUGUAUGCACUGAUUGAUCGAUGGAGAGCUCACACCUGCCCCCCACAUUUGAGGCGACAGAAUACAGAUCCGGGGACAGUGUCACCUCAGUCUUCGAGUGAGGAUCAACGAGAGCCACAACCAGACAAAUACAUUCACCUUCACCGAGCGGUGCUGUGGGCACUUGAGAUCAACUGUCUGAUGCACGUUGAGUGCUUAGUUGCAGAAUACGGUCUCCACAAGAGCGGCACCUUGGUUGCAGAGAUGACCAUGACGCGCGUGGAAUACGAAAGCUUGCGUGCUUUGCAUGACAUGGUAGCUAUCUGCCACUGGAUCGACUUGCACGCCAUCCGCGACGAAGAUGGAGUGCAUCAUUCUCUGGUCGAUCUUGCACCGUUAGCGUUGCGCAACGUGUGUGCGGGUUUGUGCUCUUGGACAUGCCAACGCGGUAUUAACGCUGCAGAGCUGUCCAAGGCUCGAAGACAUGUCGAAUCAUCAAGGCCUGGCACCAGGGCACAAAAGCAUCCUGUUUAUGCUUAUCUUAGCGAUAUGCGGCUCUUACGAGACACGGCGGCAAAAGCCACAUCGCACAGGGACACAACAGCCCUUAUCGAGCGGAUGGACGGUCAAAUCGCUAUGCUCACCGCACAAGCAGGAUAG